UCUGUUGCUUGGCCAUCUGCUUCUCUGAUACAGUACCUUUUUUGAUUCUUUCCUCUGAGUGACUCCAAGCUUCACUAACCUACAAUCUGGUUCAGAGUACAAUCCGUAUCGAGUAAUGACAGGUCAGGCUUGGUAUCAGUUUCUAAGACUAGGAUCUGCAAACAUCAGCUUGCGAGGUGUCAUGAAGCACUCGAAGAAGACCAAGUACUCGGUGACAUGGCAGCACAAGGAGCCGCAAUUUUCCCGUCUUUAUGGUGCCAUCGCUGCUGCUCUAGAGCUUGAAAAUCUUGCAAGAAAUAAAUUUAUAAACGUGAUCUAGAGCCUGCUCGAUGAGACCGACUGCUCGGAUAGGGGAAGGGUUGAAGAAUCUGUUACACACCCAAGCUUAGAAGGAAGUACUGGUCGAUCCCCUUACACAGUUUUGUAUUUGCUUGAGCGGUCGUUGUACAGCAGUUAUGGAGGAAGCCUUGCUUCCAAGCGGAAGCACUCCGGCUGAUUCGCGGAGGCAAGAUGGCGUGGAAAGCACUGUGCUGGGACGGCGAGAACGUGCCAUUGCAGGUGGUGACAGAUACCAGAAAGCUGCCGCCAUGGUUGAUCAAGCAGAUGAUGGAGUGGGGUUACCAGUCGAGGUGUUGAAGCAACCCAAUUUCGAGCAUUGUGCCAAGCUUUACUUUUGGUUUAUAUGGCUUAACCCUAUUUGGGCUCUCAAUCUUACAAUACUUCUACUACUCAACUUCUUUGAGGUGCCUCUGUGGUGCAGAGAAGACUUUCCUAAUCCAUGCGGGGAUCCUGAGAAGUUCUACCUUGGAGGUUUGCCGUAUUUGACAAGAACUGAAUCUCUGAUCCUUGAGGUAACCUGCGUGGUAAUUCUUGCCGUGCAUACCUUCUUCCCUAUUGCUUUUAAUGGGAACAAGCUUUUCUGGGACACUCGGCUUGAUAACAUAAAAGUGUUAUUGUUAGUGUUGCUAGCUGGAGACACCAUCUUUAAUUUGGUCUACGUAGCUCCAUGGGGUCCCAUUGAGCACCUCCCAUUUCGUCUGGGUCCUUACAUAAGAGUGUUGAUUGUGGUAGUAAACCUUCGGGGAUUGCGGGACUGCGUCAAAACAUUAGCAGGUAUCUUAGGAGAUUUUUUGGACAUUGCUGCGCUCCUUCUGUUGUUCCUCUUGUUUUCAAGCUGGCUUGCAUUUAUUCUCUUUGAGGACACGAUUCAAGGAAAGACCUUGUUUAAGACGUAUGGGGACACUCUCUAUCAAAUGUCCAUCCUCUAUACUACUUCCAAUAAUCCUGACGUUUGGCUUCCUGCAUACAAGCAAUCACGGUUUUCAGCAAUAUUUUUCGUAAUCUAUAUUUUGUUUGGAGUGUACUUCGUCGCCAAUCUUGUUCUUUCUGUCGUCUACGACAGCUUCAAGGGCCAGUUAGCCAAACUUCUGGUGGAGGCGGAAAAUGCGAGACAGGAGGUCUUAAGUGCAGCAUUUGAUCUUCUAGACGAUCAGGGAAGAGGCUACUUGGAUAAACAGCAGUGCGGUAAACUGUUCAACGAAAUUAAGACCUACAGGACUCUGCCACACAUUGCUGAUGAGGACAUUGAGGCAAUCUUCUACGCCUUGGAUGACAGCGGUGAUUUCAAGAUUAAUAGGGAAGAACUUGCUGACCUUUGCAACGCAAUCUCUUUGAAGUUCGACAAAGCUGAUGAGCCAGCUUAUCUGGAAAAGUUUCCAAGGCUAUAUCACUCACAGAAAUUUGAAGCAUUAAAGAGAUUUGUGCGAAGUGAUUUGUUUGAGAAAAUUGUGAUUGGCAUGCUUUUGGUGAACUUGGUGGCCGUCAUAAUCGAAACAACACUGGAUAUUCAAAACAGCACUUCUCAGAAGAGUUGGCAAUAUGUCGAGUUUGCUUUAGGUUGGCUAUACGUGGUGGAAAUGGUUCUUAAAGUGGUGGUUUAUGGUUUCAAUAACUAUUGGCGUUCAGCUCAGAAUCGUUUCGAUUUUGUAAUUACAGUGACUAUAGUCGUUGCGGAGACAUUGACCUACACUUUACCCAACAAGAUCAACUUUUUUGCGAACGAGGAAUGGAUUCGUUAUCUUUUGAUUGCACGGUUGUUGAGGUUGACAAGGCUGUUGGUCCUCAUGGAGCGUUACCAAGUCAUGGUGUCGACGUUCUUAAAGCUCAUUCCAAGUCUCAUGCCUUACUUGGGCAUCACUUUCUGCAUCAUGUGUUUCUUCUGUACUCUAGGUGUCCAGGCAUUUGGUGGUAUCAUAUACGAUGGCAAUCCGAGGCUUCCAGGCAGCGCUAUUGAAGAGAAUGAUUACAUGGUGAAGAAUUUCAACGACUUUCCCUCUGGGAUGGUGGUUCUUUUCGACUUACUCAUUACAGGAAACUGGCAUAUAUGGAUGGAUGGCUUUCAAGAAGUAACUGGCAAGUGGUGGACCCAGUUCUAUUUCUGGAGUUUUUAUGUGCUCGCAGUUCUAUUUCUUUUCAAUCUGGUGGUAGCAUUUGUGUUGGAAGCCUUCUUUGCAGAGAUGGAAAUGCAUUCUACUGCUAAAGAAUCUGAAGUUGCGUCUGACGGGGAUUCAUCAGAUGAUGAGCAAAAACUGCAGGGCAAUGGAAGAGUUUCUCGUGAUCCUCGUGAUCCUCGCAACAAGGUUAAAAGGGCAAGAAAUGACAACGUCAGUUCGCUUUUGAACCACAUCUUGAGUGCUGAGAUUGAGAAGACUCGAUCAAUGAAAGAAAACGCUUAAACAAGCUUUUAGUGCAGCUCAAGUUGUAAAUGAGCGGCUUCGCUGUGAAUAGGGUAGCUGUAAAAUAGCCUUCCCUAAGGUGCUACCAUUGUGCAGUAGUGUAGUUGCUUCUAAUCUGGCUAGUGAGACCUUUUAAGGUAUAUCAUGUGAUUUUGAACAUCCAAGUGAUCAGUUAAUGUCUGUUUUUCUUCCAACACAAGCAAAUAAAUAACCUGCAUUACAGGCUGCAGUUAUACAUCA